AUGUUCUGCGCGAGGGCAGCUCGCACCGCGCUGCUACGGCGCCCAGAACUCCUCGUCGCUCGGCUGGCCCCUCCCGCCGCCGUCGUCCGCAUCGCAGCAUCGAGUCCCCGACCGUACAGCCAAGCCAGCAGCAUCGCAAACCCCCAGCCAGCAGAGUUGCGGAACGCCACUGAAGACCUCCUCUGGACUCUCGAGCAGGCGGAAGCGGCCGACCUGACGGCGGCCCAAAACGUUGACGAAGUCGAAUACGAGCUUCCAUCGAAACUAGAUGACGGGCUGACCGCGAAAGAAACAAUCGACAAGCUCCUGCUCAAACCGAAACCCGCGCCGCAAUACCUCAAUGCCAGCUUCUUUCUCAAGCGCAUCGGGAAAUGCCUCAUGUUUGGCUGCAACGAGGAGCAGGUCGCCGUGGCGGCCCGCCUUGUGCGCCAGAUCGCCAAGGACUUUCCUCGACUGCAAAUGGCUCGGUCCAACGCCGUCGUCGACCCCAAGGCCGUGUAUACAGAAAGGCUAGACAUGACGAAAAGAAUCCAGCUCGAGCCUUUGUCCAAGACGUUCGGAGGAAUCCCGCGGCCAUUUCCACUCCCGAAACUGGUUGAGGUGGCCGUCUUGCGAUAUCUCGACUACGUCGCUUCAACUUCCACCUCUGACGUACAGCCGAAAUGGGAUCAGAUUCAACGAAUGCAGCGGAAGGCCUGGAAGGUUGAUUCUCACUCGCUGAUCCAUAAGCCGGUGUCGCCGCUGGCCAUCCAAAACAUGCAAUGGCCGUCAAACUUGCGAUACGAUCGGACACGUAAAACGCAGAACAUCUCUCUGUAUACCCGUUUAGAGAGCUUCACUGAGAUGGAUCGCCGCGUCAAGUUCAUUCUCGACGUGGCCUUGUGGUCACACUCGGCCAACGCUUUUCUCGUGAACGCGAAAGUCACAAUGGUGUUUCUCUACCCCCGGAAACAGUUGCAUGGCAAGUCAACCCGUUGGUUUGCGGAAGAGAUGGAACGCAUGCUGAAUCAUGCGACGCCCGAGGUCUGGCAGGAGGGCAGAGACUUGAUAGACACGAUCCGCAUAUUGGAGUCGCAGACUUGGAACAGGGCGGAUGCGGUCGAGGACUUGGGCAGUGCUUCGUCGGCUUGA